AUGGGUGCCUACGCUCCCGUCACCAUCCAGACAUCUCUUGUUGAUGCGUCAUUCCCAGCAAUAGCCCUAAAAGCGACUUCCUCCAUGGCGGCCGUCAGUAUAUCGAUGACAACCCGGUCUGGUCGGUCUUCCAGGAAGCAACCUCUACGAUUGCCUAUCAUUGCCCCCAAGAGUUGUCUGGUGAGCCCCAGCGCCGGCUUGGACCCUCCGACGCCCAAGAAGGUUUCGGACGUGCAGAGUGAGCCCACCCUCCCGUGUCAGAAAACCGUAAUAUCCGACGUUCCGUACAAUGGGAUACUGACUGUUUUGCCUUACUUGGAAGUAGAGCCGCAAGGAUCCAAUCAAUGCGCUCGUCUGGGCCAUGUUUGUGACUACCGGCCGCGCUUGUGCUUUCGAGAUGAUACCCGUCGCGUAAGGGAGCGCAUGCCGGAUGUUAGGACCGCAGGCAACGUGGUUUGGGACCCGACUGUCACUUCGCCGAAAACAGGCGUGCCUCCAGCUACAUGCGACUUACUCCCGCCCUUUGCGACACUCACGUCAGAUGAAGAGCGAGAGAGAAAGGCACAAGCAGCGGCACCUGGGACCUACCAUGUGAUAGCUUUCCCAGAGAGUUUUUCUCGACUGCCUGAGUAUGCAGGCGAGGCCUCUGGACAAGACACAGGGAACGAUGCUCUGCUUGAAAGCGCCAGUGGCAGUAAUCCCCCAAUCGAUGACAACUGGGUCUAUGGACCAAAUGUCAUCGUAUUGAAGAGCUUCAGGUCUGCACGAAGACACUUAUACCCAGACAGAAGAAGUACUCCUCAAUCACCUGAAUCAGACCAGGGAAGCUUCUCAUUAUCUGCACCUUCGGUAGCGGAAUUAAUCCCGGACUAUCCGGCCACCAGUGUGCAGCAUAUGCAGGAAAGCGCCGAACCCAAUCAUUUCCAAAUGCUCCUUCUAGAACACUUUCGUCAUUUCGUAUGUUUGCAGCUUCUUCCAUGUGCCGGCCUUUUUAACAUCAAUGGGCUGGAUGCGACUGUGUUCGAACACGAGGCGUCGAACUUCCCUCCUCUAUACCAUACUAUAAUGGCUCUAUCUGCUCUCAGUCUGGUUCGCCAAGGGGGUGGCCAGCACAUCGAUGCCUCAUAUUACUACGAUCGGGUUGCCGCUCUUUCCCAUGAUAGUCUCUGCAACGAAGAUCUCUUGUCUGAUGCUCUGUAUCUGACACAUUUUCUGCUGCUUGUUUAUGAAGUGAGUCUUCCGGUCGGCUCCUUUCCUCCUGAUGCUUGCGACCAAGGCGUUGGGUGCAAUAACCCUUGCUGCGGCAAUCAAUUCCGGGGGCUGAGCGAUUCCCUUGCAUUGCUUGGUGGCGGCGCAGGCACAGGGGAUUUUGUCCGUGCCGUUCUCGACAACCAGCUGUUACUAGACUUGCAGUCGCUCUGUUACGCAGUUGGGCCCAGUGAUUCGGAAUAUCCACACGCCGAUAACAGCUUACCUCUAAUCGUGCGGUUAUAUCACGACACCUUCAUAUUAGCCAUCCGAAUCGGACUCCUUGCUGUUGGAACGCGGGGUGUCAAAGGGUCUUACCUCAACAAUUACUUGGGCUCGCAGCAACAGGAACUAAGGGAGGUACAUGACGUGCUCAAAAGGCUGUGGAGCCAGCAGGAGGUUGGGUAUUUGUACCAAAAUCAAGUUAGUCUCUCAUCACAAUCGCAGAGUCUGUUGCAGCCGCUUGCUAUUCUAUAUCACACCAGCCUGCUCUUCUCCUCGACCAGUUCCUGGCCAGGACAGCGGUUAGAGUCCGGGGCUGUCGCGGACGAGGAGAUCCACCACCACGCCAUGCGAAUCCUACAGAUCGUAUCGGGGAUUGUGGAGAAGGGACGAGAAGGGGACCGUCGAUUCAUUGCCUUUCCGAUUUUUCUGGCGGGCGCCGUGGCCCCGACGAGUGGGCUAAAAAUGAUGGCGUUGGAGCUCCUUUCCAACCUAGAGGAAGGAGAAAUUGGGUAUUUUUUGAACGGCAAAUCCAGCAUUCUCAGCGUGGAGGCCAUGCAUUGGAGGUUGAAUGGGCCGAGGUGCUGGCUGAGCAUGGGCGACCGUUAGUCAACUACGGUUGA